AUGGCGGAAAACAAGUACCUUGAGGUCGACAAAGACAGUUUCCCGUAUGUCUUCAUGAAGAAUGUGGACUUGCCACUGCGAACCUAUCAAAAGGGUUUUUUGAGAUGCAACGUCUACUUGCCCAAGGACGCUGCGCCCUUUGGUCCCGAGAGAUACCCAGUCAUUGCGACGUACGGACCAUACGUCCCGUACAGCGUAUUCCACAAGAAGAGCUGGGAUCAGUUGAAUCCCGAAAUGAAAUCUCACCACGCGUCAUGGGAGACUCCGGACCCAGGCUUCUGGACAAGCAAAGGAUACAUCGUGGUUAGAGCCGACGAGCUUGGCGCUGGUCAAAGCCCUGGACUCCUAGACACCAUGUCGCGCGGUACUAGCGAGGCGUUUUUCGACGUGGUCGAGUGGUGCUCUGAGCAAGAGUGGUCAUCUGGUAAAGUCGGCCUCCUCGGAAUUAGCUACUACGCUGGUACACAAUGGCGAGUGGCAGCGCGGAAGCCAAAGGGGCUGGCCGCCAUGAUCCCAUGGGAAGGCAUGAGCGACUACUAUCGCGAUAGAGUCCGACACGGCGGGAUCCUAUCGGACAAGUUCAUUAAAUUCUGGUGGGAAAAUGGCGUUUCGCCGAAUCAGUACGGGAAGCCCGGCCGCGCCGCCCGAAACUGGGGUGACGACACCAUCGACGGUGACUUGGAUGAAGACACCCUUCGACAGAACAGACGAGACCAGACGGUCGAUACCGCGGUGCACAGAUUUCGGGACGAAGAAUACUAUCGGACUCGGGAUUUUGAUGUGGAAGCCAUCGAGACGCCCUUGCUGAGCGUGGCAAACUGGGGUGGUAUACUCCUGCACUUGCGAGGAAAUGUCUUGGGCUGGAUGCGUGCUAGCUCCAAGUACAAGUUUCUCCAUUUCAUUGUGGGAAGACAUGAUCUCCCGUUCUACUAUCCUGAAUCCGCUGCGAUUCAGCUGUCCUUUUUCAAUGCCUUCUUAAAGGAUAACGAUGCAGAUGGUUGGAAGACUGGGGGUCAGCCCAGAGUUCAACUUUGUUUACGACAAGGCGAGGCCGGGGUAGACGACCCUGAACGAGAGCGUGGAUUUCCACAGAGACAUGAGAAUGACUGGCCUCUGCCUGGAACCCAGUAUCAAAAGUUCUUCCUUGCUGCAUAUCAGGAACUAGCGAUCCAGCCUUCGGAGACUACUAUGUCUGUGUCGUACGAUGCGAUGGAUGGUGAUCCUAUCUCUUUCCGAUACAAAACACCCACAACCUUAGAAAUCACUGGUCACAUAGUUGCCCACCUGACUGUAUCUGCUUCUCGAAAGCCAGCCAUAGAUACCCUGCCUACAGAUAUUGACCUCUUCGUUACUCUCCGAAAGAUCAACAUCAAUGGUCAAGAAGUCUUUUACACCGGAACCAUGGGCGACCCUGUACCCAUAGUCAAGGGUUGGUUGCGAGUUUCACAACGGCUGGUAGACACGAGUCAUCAUUUUCACCGAGACUUUAUGCCGUAUCGCAACUAUCACAGCACAGAUAUCCAGCCUGUGAAGGAGAAUGAAAAGUAUGCUGUUGAAGUUGAGGUCUGGCCCACUAAUGUUGUCCUCGAGCCUGGGGAAACACUUGUGUUGGAGAUUGCUGGUCACGAUACUCAGGGUGUUGGAAACUUUUCCCACGGCCACGCCAAAGACCGUGACGAGAAGACAUUCACCGGCAUAAACACUGUUCAUAUCGGAGGGGAAAACAGCUGGCUUUUACUGCCUGUAAUCAACUCAGAAAGAUAG